AUGUCGUCGCCAUCAUUUGAUCCCUUUACCCAGAACAUCACCUUCCACGAUGAGAAUGGGUCUCCGUUCGACGUGCCAUUGACCUUUCUGGACUCGUUCUGCCAGUUCAAUCUGCGGAUGUCCAUUAACUAUGCGGCUCAGCUUGGCGCCUCUAUCGUUUUCCUUGUUAUUCUUUUCAUUAUGACCAGGCCAGAGAAACGCAGAUGCGUAAUCUUUUGGCUGAACAUCUCUGCUCUUGUCUUCAAUGUGGGCCGGUUGUUUUGUCAAGUCCUCUACUACACGGGUCCCUGGAGCGAAAUGUAUGCCAAUUUAGCAAAUGAUUAUUCAAGGGUUCCUAGCAGCGCCUACGCCAACUCGAUUAUCACCGUCAUCAUUAGCACCAUCCUUCUGAUAUGCAUCGAGUUCUCUCUGGUUUUUCAGGUCCAUGUCCUCUGUACAACGCUCCGACGUCGCUAUCGCUUGCCACUCCUCGUUGUGUCGUAUCUUCUUGUCCUUGUUGUUAUUGCCUUUCGGAUUUGGCUUGCUGUCGGCAAUCUCAUUAAUAUCAUGGGUUCAACAUAUUCGUGGUCGCUCAUACCGUUGCAGAAAGUGAACACCAUCCUUAUUACGUCUACCAUCUGCUUUUUCUCCGCAGUUUUCGUUCUCAAACUAGGCUACGCGAUUAGGAUUCGCAAAAAAUUGGGCAUAACGGACCUAGGGCCGAUGAAGGUUCUUUUCAUUAUGGGAUUUCAGACUAUGCUCAUUCCAGUGAUCUUUGUGACCGUACAAUAUGGCGUUAACGAUAUACCAGAAAUAUCUGCCAAUAGCUUAACGAUCAUCGCGAUCUCCCUCCCUCUUUCCUCCCUCUGGGCCAAGCACAGAUUGGAUAGUAAACUCGGGAAAAAAAGCACAUUGAUUCCUUCGACCUCGGGUGGCUCUUCUUAUACCUUCGAAACCACAUGCUUUGCUGCGAGGGGUGCUGCGCGACCGAGUGAUCUGGAGAUUGGCCGGGGGAUUGCUGUUGCGCGAGAUGUUACAGUCCUCAGUUACAAGCAUAAUAAUGGUAGUGGCAGUACUGCUAGGAAUAGUGGGAUGGCUGCGCGGGAGUUCAUUUGA